AUGACAAAAUUCAAUCAAAAUAUGAGUUGUAAAAAGCAACUUGAACAAGCAAAUCAGUUUGCAAGUGACAGGCAAACAUAUAAAAAGGCGCAUUAUGAAGUGAAUCGUUUAAACACAAGUGCUCUUAGUCAAAAUCCUUACAGUGAUAGUUUAGCAAGUAUGCUAGAAAGUAAAAUGAGUGGAUUAAUGUCACAUCAAAUUGAAAUGAUUGACGAUAGUAGUAGCAUAAGUUCAGCAGCAUCAAAUGAAGAACACACACUUGCACCACGUUGCAUGGCUGGAAAAAAUCGUCCUUGCCUAGCAUGGGCAUGCAAAGCAUGCAAAAAGAAGAAUGUCACAAUCGAUCGAAGAAAAGCGGCAACACUCAGAGAAAGGAGGAGACUUCGAAAGGUUAAUGAAGCAUUUGAGUUACUUAAGCGACGAACAAGUACGAAUCCAAAUCAAAGACUACCGAAGGUGGAGAUUCUCAGGAAUGCAAUAGAAUACAUUGAAAGUCUCGAAGAUUUAUUACAGGAUACACCACCAAUUCGACAAAGCCCCGACUGCUUCAGCGAUGGAAUAAAUGGACGACCAACAGCUCAAGAUUACAUGAAUUGCUACUCUGGAAAUUAUCUCAAAGAACGUCUUCAACAUUUACAAAAGGAAAGCGACAAAUUUUCUCCAAUCAUAGGCUUCAAUUCACCCAUUAAUGGCUCAAGUUUAGAUUGCUUAAGUUUGAUUGUACAAAGUAUAAAUUCACCUGAUGCAUCUAAUUCACCUCAAAACUCUCCACAUACAAGCACUAUUAAUAAUUUACAAAGUCAACUCAAUCAAUCUUCAAUGCAACAUCAUCUCAGCAAUACACAACAUUUUAAGUGUGAAUUUGAUGCAAAAGUUAAUUGAAAGAAGUGAGAAAAGCCAAAGUGAAAUGUGUUUACAUUUGUACGAGUAAAAAUUAUGAAUCUUCAUGUAAAUAAAUUAAAGAAGCUUUUAGUAUUAAUCCAAACGUUUAUUUUAAGAAUCCUAGAGAAAAACACUCGAGAAGAUUUAUUCAACUAAUUAGAUUUAAUUAAAAUUUAU